AUGCCUAUUAAACCAAAAUCUGCCUUAAUCGUCGUUGAUCUUCAAAACGACUUCUUGCCACCGUCUGGGUCUUUGGCAGUUCAAGGGGGUCGUGAAAUCAUCCAACCGAUCACCGAUUUAUUGGUAUCUGAAGAUUGGGAUGCGAUUGUUGCCACCAGGGAUUUCCAUCCCAAGGACCAUUUUUCCUUUGCGUCCAAUUGGGACCAAGCGCCAUUUUCUUCCAAACAGUUCACCCAUCCUUUGCAGGUGAUUGAUCCCAACACCCAGAAAGUUGGAACCAAGACGCAAAUUCUUUGGCCUGAUCAUUGUGUUCAAGAGACCGAAGGGAGUGAAUUGACGGAUACUUUUGCCAAUGGUUUUUACGAAAUGAUGGCCAAAGAGAAGAAAAUUAGCAGUAGCAGUAGUAGUAGUAGUAAUAGUGGUAUUAGAGAUACCAUACCAAUGGUGGUGGAAGUUAAGAAAGGGUAUUUGGUGGAUCGAGAAUAUUAUUCGGCGUUUGAAGAUACUUGGGGGUUACAUCAUACCGAAUUGCACAAUUUCUUGACAAAACGCGGGAUUGUCAAUAUUUAUCUUGUGGGAUUGGCAUACGAUUUUUGUGUUUUGAAUACCGCUAUCAGUGGGACUAAAUUGAAUUAUAAUACUGUUGUGAUCAAGGAUCUAUCGAGGAGCGUGUAUCCUGAUAAACUAGAAGAAACCGAUGCGGUGUACCGGGAAAAUGGGAUCCAGAUCAUCACUUGUGAAGACCUCAAGAAGAAUUAA